AUGGUAAGCCAUCCCUCGAACUUCGAUAACAACAACGACCACAACGAAUCGAGCAGGUACCCAUCGUCACGAUCUACCCUUCGUACCGUUCCCAACAACGCCGCAACCGGUUUAAACGAAGGUUAUCAAAACCUCCGCCCCAACACAAAUACAAUUUCGCCUACUCGUGCAGGUUUUAUCCCUAUUACCUCUCUUACCAACAACAACAAUAUCAAUCCAUUUAGACCUGAUACUUUCAACAUGGGUCAAGCUUCGCCUUACCUCCAAGCUCAACCCCAAGGUCUCCCUCAAUCCCAUGGUCAAGGUCAACCUGAAUCAGGUAGAAGACAAUUCCGUGUUGAUCUUCGAAUGGUAGAUCCCAACUCACCUACCCAAGGUCAAGGUCAAGGUGAAGCUCGAACUCCCACUAGUGCUCGAGUCAUCCAUCCUCCUCCUCAAUAUUGGUCUACCAAUACCAAUACGAACACCCUCAACAGCACUACCAUUAACAAUGGCUUUACUGGAAGAGGACAACUUGCCGAUAUUGUCAUCCACAUGCCUACUCCUCCACCACCAGCCGACCAUCUCCCUUCGAUCGGUACCAUCACCUUAUCAGGAUUCCAGACCGAUUAUUCAAGAGUGAUCGUUGGGGAAGAUCAUCUCAGAAGAGCACCCAACUCUGAAGAUAUCCGAGCGACCUUCCAAAUGAAUGACGACGAAGAUAAUCGACCUGUCCCUGCCGAGGCAUAUAUCAUCAUGAGACCUCAUAGAGAACCCAACAGAGGUUGGAAUGAUGGUAUCGCCGAAGAGAUGAGAUUGGCUGAUGGAUGGACCUACGAGCUUCAACUUAUCCAACAACCUACUAGAGGUAAAGCUCUCGGUCUCGGACCCCUUCCAAGAGGAUGGCCUGCUCUUUCUGCCCCUCUGAUCGUUCAACUCAUCGUUAAGGACCAAAACGGCAAGGUCAUUCCAGUUGAUCACCCGAUCCUCAAUCGAAAACUUGUUCAUACCAGUAUGACCGUCGAUCUCGUCUCCGAAGAUGGCACCCAAUCUCGAUCCUUCAUGAGAGUCAGACCAAGAGAACAAGAUCCUUCCAGACCUCACAGCCCUACCUCAGGCGUCCCGAUCGAUCCAGAGAUAUACAACCGAACUCAACGGAACCUCCUUGGUGCUCUUCAUCGAUCUGCCAACACUUUCGUUCUUGAUGGCAAGAAAGGAAUUUACUUCCUUUUCACUGAACUUGUCGUCAGAAACGUCGGAAGAUACGCUUUGAAGGUAUCCUUACUCGAUCUUGCUGGUCCCAUGCAUAUCGGUACUUCUAUCGGUAUCACCAAGACUAUCAGCAGUGCUCUCACUCAUACCUUCACCGUAUACCACGGUACCGAGUUUCCGGGCGCUCUUCCUGUUACAGACCUUUCUAUGGAAUUCACUAGACAAGGUGAACGUAACUUGGGUCGACGAACCCGUGCCGACAACAAUGGGAUUUCCUCCGAAGACGACCUGAUGAAUCUUCCGAGCAACUCUCCCGAAGUUGAAUCCCAACCUCAACUUCGAUCUCAACCUCAAGUUGCCCCAGGUCCUCCUUUUUCUUCCGCUAUUCGAGGUCUCGGAUACUCCGUUCCUGUAUGGACCGAACAAAUCAUCCACGUUCAUCCUCAAGGCUCUCACAUCCGAAGAGUCCGACCCCAAGGUCAAUCUCGUGGUCCGGAAGGAGAACAAAGGGGAAAUGGAGGUUUCGAGCGAUCUCAUCUUUAG